AUGGUGGUUGCGCUGAGUAUGAUCAUUCACUGGAAGGACAAUGGCAGUGUCAUCGACUCUCACCCGACGGCCUUGGAUUUGUACAGCUCUGCCAACGCAGAUGGCUAUCAUUUCUUGCUCACCACUGCAUCCCCUGCUGGCCCUGCCAACUACCAGAGAGAGCAUCUUGCCCAGAUGAAUCAGUACCUUGACUUUUGGAACUUGAUGGCCUACGAUUAUACCGGAAGCUGGGACAACGUUGCCGGCCAUGAUGCCAACCUCCACGCAUCCAACAGCAACAUAGCCAGCACUCCAUUGAACACCGACCAAGCGAUCAACUAUUACACCUCGCAAGGAGUGGCCUCUUCCAAAAUUGUCCUAGGUAUGCCUCUGUACGGCCGAGCUUUCACCGACACCAACGGUCCUGGCCAGUCUUACAACGGUGAUGCUGCUAGCUACUGCUACAAUUCGGGCUCACGUUUGUUCAUCAGUUAUGAUACCCCUGAGGUUGCGCGUAAGAAGGGUGAAUACAUCAAGUCCAAGGGUCUUGGUGGUGGUAUGUGGUGGGAGCUCAGUGGUGACAAGCAAGGUGAUGACAGUUUGAUCACCAUGGUGGUAAAUACCCUUGGAGGUACCGGAGCUCUAGACAAGAGCGAGAACCAGCUGAGCUACCCUGCCUCUAAGUACGACAACCUGAAGUCUGGUUUCUGA